AGAAAUCAUGUGACUGAUGACUAAGUUAAAUCUUUUCUGCUUACUGAAAAGGAAGAGUCUGAUGAUUAGUUACUGAUCCUCUUUGCAUUUGUAAAGCUUUGGAGAUAUUGAAUCAUGUUACCAUUUCUGUUUUUUUCCACCCUGUUUUCUUCCAUAUUUACUGAAGCUCAGAAGCAGUAUUGGGUCUGCAACUCAUCCGAUGCAAGUAUUUCAUACACCUACUGUGAUAAAAUGCAAUACCCAAUUUCAAUUAAUAUUAACCCGUGUAUAGAAUUGAAAGGAUCCAAAGGAUUGUUGCACAUUUUCUACAUUCCAAGGAGAGAUUUAAAGCAAUUAUAUUUCAAUCUGUAUAUAACUGUCAAUACCAUGAAUCUUCCAAAGCGCAAAGAAGUUAUCUGCCGAGGAUCUGAUGACGAUUACUCUUUUUGCAGAGCUCUGAAGGGAGAGACUGUGAAUACAACAGUAUCAUUCUCCUUCAAGGGAAUAAAAUUUUCUAAGGGAAAAUACAAAUGUGUUGUUGAAGCUAUUUCUGGGAGCCCAGAAGAAAUGCUCUUUUGCUUGGAGUUUGUCAUCCUACACCAACCUAAUUCAAAUUAGAAUAAAUUGAGUAUUUAAAAAAAA